AUUUUUGUUUAUAUACAGUUAUGGACCAAUGAACCCGGUCAAUAUACUUGAAGGGAUUCAUACAAAUUACGGCUCUAGGGCAGGACAAGUUAGAUUUGAAAAGGAAGAAGACUUUAGAAUGUUUGCAAAGAGAAUACGCAGCUAUGGUGUACAGAUUGGACAGAUAAUUACACGAAUGGACAAAGCUGUAAACAUGCGGACCACCAAUCAUAACGUUUCAAUAGAAAAGGUGCCAUCACUGAUGGAGAAUAUGCGAGCAAUGUAUGUUAAUAAUGAGACAGCUUUCCCAAUGUACGAACCGUUUAAGGACAAGAUGGAUGACCUGGUUUCAAAUGCUACAACGAAAUCUACUAUUCGAGAUGUUGCUGUAACCAAUAUCAAGUUUCUCCUAGAGCAAGUAAAGCAACUCGCAGCGUUUAUAAAGAAUACUUACAUUCCAAAUACGCGGUCAUCAUUCGGAGUAGGCGGUCUUCCACAGGGGGCGGAGUAUUACAAGGCGUGUUUAAAAUGGCAACUUUCUAUAGACCUAUCAGCUGAUGAGAUACACAGAAUGGGAAUUAGAGAAGUUCAAAGAGUUCAUUCUGAAAUUCAAAAGAUAAUGAAGAGGGCAAAUUUCAAAGGAACAGUGAAAGAGUACAACGAACAUUUACGUAAAAACGAUAGUUUAUUUAUCACGGAUGGUGAUGUAGCUUUGCAGAUGUUUAAAGAUUACUACAAUGAAACUAUUGUGCCAAAGUUGGAUACAAUGUUCGAAAAUAUACCGGAUUUUCCUUUAAAGAUUGAAAAGAUGACAUACAAUGGUCCAAAUGGUAUUUAUAAAAAUGGAGCCCCGGAUGGAUCACGGCCGGGCAUUUUCCUAGCAAAUGUUAAUUCAAAAGUACCGAAAUUCGACAUGGCCGCCUUAUUGCUUCACGAAACUGAUCCUGGCCACCAUUUACAGGAUUCUUAUGCAUUAACUGCCCAGGGAAUACCAUUGUUCAGAAAAGUCACAGAUUUCUCAAAAUAUUUCGGAGUUCCUUUGCAUUUUCCGUUCUACACUGCAUAUUCCGAGGGUUGGGGACUUUACUCAGAAGAUUUAGGCGAGGAUAUGGAGAUAUAUAAAGACGAUAUGGAUAAGUUUGGUAAAUAUGGACUAGAAAUAUUCCGUGCCGCUCGGCUUGUUGUCGACACUGGUAUCCAUGCUAAAAACUGGCCACGUGAACGUGCCAUACAGUACAUGAAAACUUAUACAGCAUAUACACCGGAAUUUAUUGAGCGGGAAAUUGAUCGAUAUUCAACAUGGCCGGCACAAUCGACUACAUAUAUGAUUGGCAAGUUAAAGAUCAGAGAACUCCGGGAUAAUGCAAAAGAACGUCUGUGUAAUUUUGAAAAAGACGAAUUGAUUAAACCAUUCCACAGUGUAAUCCUAAGCAACGGAGCUAUGCCUCUAAGUGUUUUACAAGACGAAAUAAAGAAUUGGAUAGAAAUGGAAGCCGUGAAAAAUGCGAGAGCGGGAACUUGCAAGGAGACAAGCGGUGCCGAUAGCUUUAACAACGUGCACUCUGUCCUACUUUUUACAUGCACUUUAAUUGGUUUAUUAUGUAGAAAUCAUGUUUAAUCAUAGACAGAGGAAUUGUUGCCUUAAAAAUCAUUCGUUCAGCAUUAAAUUUUCUGUUUGAAAGAUCUGAAUUUAUGUAAAAUAAUCUGAAAAUUAUGUUGCUUUUUCAGUGUUAAAAGUCAAUUACAGUUUAAUAACUUUCUUUUCACCUGUAGAGAAAUUAAAAUUGCUGACAACUUCCUAAUGUAGUAACAUUUUUUUCAUAUAUAUACACUAAUGUUUAUAAUUGUUAAAGGAACUCCACUGAGGGCCAAAAGCCUAAAAGCAUAAAAUAUGAAAUUAAACACAGAUCAACUGGGUCACUUGUAAAAAGUCAAAUGACUCACUAAAUAAUUAAAUAAAAAAUCUUUUGUUUUCCUGAGAUUCUGAUAGUGUUAAUAGUUAAAUGCGUUUAUAAUUUUUUUUUGUUGACUUUUGGGUCUUUUUGCACAAUGAAUAUAAUUAUUGUAGACAAAAAGGAAUGAACGAAUAAUCUGAAAUUUAUGCACAUACUGAUUUGUCUAGGACUUCAGUCCUAUAAUGUAAAAAAAAAACAAAAAAAAAACACAACAGCAAAAUAACAACAACAACAAUAAAAAACAACACCCCCCCCAAAAAA